GCCCUCUAAAAGAACCAAGAGCAACAGCUGUUCCGAACAGACCCACCGCAGGACACAUGGUGCAAGUAGUGACACGCUAAGGACUGGACAACUGUGAUGAGGGAGAGAUGAAGAGCAGGAGAGGCAUGCAUCUGGAUUAGAAAGAGAGUCCCACUAGAUAUGUGGUAUUCACAAAAAGAAACGAGAUUUGGUAAAGGAACUCUGACAGAUGAGGAACAACGCAUAUAUGAGCGCAGUGGCACAGUACCUGAGAGAUAGAGGGAAGUAGAGAGAGACAGAAUAUUAGAGGGAGAGAGAGAGAGAGAGAGAGAGCAGAAGCAAAGGGGUGGGAGACACACACCAAAAAAGGGCUUGAGCCAGAGCUGGAAUCAAUGCUUGCUGGACAAACGCAAAGACGGCAGGGAGGAAGAAUAAGGCAACAACAGACAGAGUGAAAGAGAGAGGGAGAGAGUAAGAAAGCAAACAGCCUGAUUUGUGAGGGGCAUAAAAAAAGAACAGGGUGCACUAAGGACUGGGUAAGUGUAUUAAAGUAUGUGCAGUAUGUUUUGAGGUAAGUGGUAGUGUACAGAUUUAUAGGAGUGGGAGUGUACUUUAGUCGAGGCUAUGGAAUAGAGCUGCGCCAGAACACAGACUGUAAGCUGUGGUAUUCCACCAUGUCCACGGGCCCCGGGCCCCGAGAGGCCCCUCUGCCCAGAGAGAAGCUGUUGAAGGAGUCUGGUGUGAUGAUGGGGAGCCUGGCACAUAGCAGUCCUGUGGGACUUCAGACGCUACUCGACUUGUUUGUUGGAGUCUACCAGGAGUUCCAGUCCUCCAGUACAGCCAGGGAUAGAUACGUCAGAUGCUUCCUGCAGUGGGCAGAGCCUCUGGUGAGACAAGUGAAGAAGACGCGCAUAAAAAGGGAUGAUUUCAACAUCUUAAAGGUGAUUGGCCGGGGAACCUUCAGUGAGGUUGCUGUGGCCAGAAUGCGCAAAACUCAGCAGGUCUAUGCACUAAAGAUAAUGAACAAAUGGGACAUGCUGAAGCGUGGAGAGACAGCAUGCUAUCAGGAGGAAAGGGAGGUUUUGCUAAAAGGAGAUCGUCGUUGGAUCACUGAGUUGCACUAUGCCUUCCAAGAUGACAAUUACAUUUACUUAGCAAUGGAUUACUAUGUUGGAGGAGACUUGCUGACGUUGCUUAGUAAAUUUGGUGACCAUAUUCCAGAGGACAUGGCCCAGUUUUACUUAGCAGAGAUGGUGAUGGCUAUUGACUCUGUCCACAGACUUGGCUACGUCCACAGAGAUGUAAAGCCUGAUAACAUCCUGCUAACAGCAGAUGGACAUGUACGACUGGGGGACUUUGGGUCAUGUUUAAGACUGCAGGAUGAUGGUAUGGUUCACUCUUCAUUGGCUGUAGGUACUCCAGACUACCUGUCUCCAGAGAUCUUGCGAGCGGUAGAAGGUGGAGGAGGCUAUGGUACAGAGUGUGACUGGUGGGCUCUUGGUGUGUGCGCGUAUGAGAUGCUAUUUGGGUCAACUCCCUUUUACGCAGAGUCUCUGUCUGAAACCUAUGCAAAAAUAAUCCACUUUCAGGAUUAUUUUGAGUUUCCUGCAUCUGCUGUGGAGAUUUCCGAAGAGGCACGCUCCCUGAUCACAAGUUUGCUAUGUGACAGGAAUGAGAGACUGGGUGCAAAUGGCUCUGCAGAUUUCCGGAGUCAUCCCUUCUUCAGUGGACUUCAGUGGAGUAUCCUGCACCAGUUGCCUGCUCCCUAUCAGCCUGAAGUCUCCAACGCUACAGACACCUCCAACUUUGAUGUGCUGGAUGACUGCCUCAGUGAAACAGAAACUUUAACUGAUGUAAUGGACAGAGCACCUACAGGAAUUCACCUAGCAUUUGUUGGAUACUCUUAUACUGCUACCAGAGAAACAGGAGCUGUGGACCGCAGCCAAGACAUCAUGAUGGAGAUUGACCAGCAGCCAGUUCAAGAGUCUCUGUACCUGCAGGAGAAACUGAAUCAAGUGUGGCAGCUCAGGGAGGCUCAGGAGGUGUCAACUCAGACAGAUUUUCCCCUGGCCCUUGAACACAGUAUUGUAGAGCCUCCAACCACACCAGAUACAGAACAGACUAAUGCCCAAAUCCAGGAACUGCAGAGGCAACUGAGGGAGGCUGAGCAGAGAAACAAAGACCUGGAACAAGAAGUAGACACCCUGCGUGAUGAGAUCCACAGACUCAAGGACCAGCAGGACAAGAAACAAGAAGAACUGUGUGUGUGCCCAUCGCCUGUCUUUCUGCCUGCCUGCUGUGUGGAGCCUUUCAGGGAUAACUCAGCAGUGCCCCCUGUCUGCCAUUACCCACUAGUGAGACCUCUGCUGCGCCACCUGCUGAUCUUCCACAGGGCGCGUUGGCCACAGGUGAAGACUGAGUCAUACCUGCUGGUGUGUGCAGAAAGCAGAGAGCUCCAGAUGUGGGAACGCUACUUCAGCUCUGAGCUCUCCUGAGCACCGCUGUGCAAAGAGCCAGUGUCAGGUUUUCUGUGUGGGUCCAGCAUAAUUUUCUGACAUUCUCAGUCAGCUUGUAUAGUCCAAGCUCUAACUAAAACUCUCCACACCUUCCUCUAAGCCACACUGCUGAGACCCGUCCUGUCGUUAAUACCAAUCAGGAGUACUGUAAGUGCAACUGGGGUUCAAUCAGUAACAAGUAGCAAGCUUAAUUUGUUAAUGUUUACUUUAUAGGCCUCAUUGAUCUUCACUGAUUUCAGUUUCAUGCAGGCUGACACUUGAUUGCACUUGUUAAUGAAAAAUGGGUAUAUGGUCUUUCAGUUUGUAUGAUACUCCUUUUGAUACACACUUAAGCUUGUUUUUACAAGUCCCAUCUGAUCUAUCAAAGUGAUAGGGUGUGUAAGGCACGGACACUAAUACACUCACAUUAGCUUAGGCAAAAUCAAAUAAAAAAAGAGGAGAGGACAUAGAGAAAGACCACUGAAUCCCAGGUGUGCUGUUGUAAUGCACUGUGUACUGAAAAGAUUUUAUUAUCUUUUGUACAAAGUAAGUAUUAAAGGUAUUGCACAUUUAAGAACUAUAAAUGUUAGCCAACUAGUACAUAUUUAUUACAGGACUACUAAAUUGUAUUUGUCCAUAAAAUGCUUGAGUGAAUAAUUGCUUUUUAAGGUGUGGUAAAGACAUUAUUAUAUCAUUAUCGAGGUGUUAAUAAGAACUAGCAAAGUUGUUUUUUAUCAAAAUAAAUAAAAACCGUGUGCCUCCAAGAUUUA